AUGGCCGUCAGCAGCCUCGUCCCCCUCAUCAUCCUUCUCGUCCUCGUUGGCGUGCUCGCCGCUGUUGGCUACGUCGCCUACUCGAUUGUCCAGGGUGUGAGCAAGAGCACGCGCGAGAAGAUGGAGCGCAAGAAUGUCGUCUUCACCAAGGAUGGUAUGAAGGUCGAGGUGAAGGAGAUUCGAGAUGAGGAGUACAAGGAUCGGAGCCAGAGUGUUCUGGUCAACAUGUGGAACCAUACGUCUUUUCCCGCUUAUAAGAGUCGUUUCUGGGAUAUGGCGGGCUCCUCGAGUCAACAGAGUGGUGCUGAGAAGCGCAAGCCGUAG